UCCAGCCCGUCUAGGCUGAGUCAUUGCUGCUUUUCCUGCUUCUGUUCAGGGAAAAAGUUUAACUUUAGUUGUUUCCUCUUUCUGCCUGUGAGCAGCACAGAGUCGCCUGCAGCUUCCUGCAGGAAACAGGAAGUUCCCUCUGCUCCUUCAGGGGUUAAUAACCGCGAGCUGCUGCUCAGGAAAUCAGAGAACUGCAGCUGCUGCCGGUUUCCCUCCCAUCGUGUCACCUGCCAGCGCUAAGCUCCGCCCUCAGCAGGUGUAGCUCCAUCUCCUCCUCUCCUGCAGCACAUCAUCGGAGGCGCAUCAUGAAGCGGAUCCCGUUGCUGCUGGUUCUGAUCUGGGCCGCUCCGGCCGCUCGCUGCUACCCCUCAGGCUUGGUGUCUGCCAGCUGCGCGGACAUGACCCCUAACCACCGCGGCAGCCCCCAGACCGCCGCCGCGCCGUUCACCGUCAGCGCGGAGUGGAGCAGCCCCACGUCUGGAGGACAGGUCAAAGUCUCUCUCCAGGGUUCUGGUCCAUUUACCGGGUUCCUGCUGGAGGCCAGAGAGCCGGGGGGUCAGUCCGCUGUGGGCUCGUUUCUACUGGGUUCUGAUCCGGCCCGGCUCCUCACUUGCUUCCAGAAACCCGUAAGUGCUCCGCCCACCUGCACUGAAACUCAUGACUCAACCUGGAACCGGUCCAACCCAACCUUGAUGGUACCAGAACCAGAGUGACCAGGGUCCAGAACCCGGGUCCAG